UCCUCAUUCUGCGUUUAACAGCGCAGUGUACAGAGAGUUCUCUAUCAGAGCUAGAGGAGUUUAUUCUCCAGUACGUACCGAACCAACUAAGCAUCCACUCUGGUUCGGAUCGGGCUGCUACAUAUAAUAUUGUUGCUGCUGCUAUCUGGCUGCUGCAAAAAAUUUUACACAUACAAAUUUUCCAUUACUGGAGUUUUCUUAUUUUAAAAAGAUUGGUUUUUUUCUUGGUUUUCUUCUUUUUAAUCAUUAUCCUUUUUAUAAGAAAAAAAAGAAAGUAGUAAUUAAUUUUCAAGUGCAAAGCUAUGUGCGGUAGUAGUUUGUUGAAAAUUCGCUAUCAUUUUUUGUUCCCAAUUAUCAGUGAAGCAUUUGUAUCCUCGUCGUCUUGGUCGUCGUCGGGCAGGCAAGGGCAAUGAAUACAAAUAGUAAAAUGUCAAGUUCACGAAGUUCACCGGCGAGUCCUAGGUCACCCAAAUUUCAGCAACAGGCCUGGGAGUCUCAGGGAUGCUCAAGUGCCCCAAAAAGUCCCAGAUCCCCAAAAGUUCAUCAGCAACAAGCCUGGGAAACAUCUGGAGGAUGUUCAUCGGCUCCAAAAAGUCCCCACAGAACCAUUCCAACUUUACCCCAGCAGCCAUUUAAAAGCCCAAAAUCACCAAGACAUUUCAAAAAUCAGUCAUCCCUUAAUUGUUAUGAACAACCUAGGAGUCCAUCCAUAAGCACAUACAGCAGCUAUAGCUAUGACUCUGCCACUAGUCGCAAAUUUGAAAACCCUCCACGUAGUCCAAAGAUCACAACCACCUUUGCCAAUGAUGAAUCUGAUUCUAAUUUAAGUUAUUACCAAACUCCUUCACCGAUAUCACGGAGCCCCAAAGCACUUCCAACUUUGCCAAAUGAAUCCCCAGAAUAUUACAUGAGCGGCCAAAUGUCCCAAUCACCUAACCGGAGUCCACUUCCACCACGUAAAUUUGUUUUCGAUACACCCCCAUCUUCGUCUGAGCUGACAUCAGCGAAGAAAUUCGAAUAUUACGAACCACAAACCCCAGACGAUGACGAAGAUGAACACAACAAUGACUUGAUUGUCAUGGAUGAUGCCAACUAUGGUCAUGGCCAAUUUCCACAUUCUUUACCGAUGUCAAUGAGCACAUCAUCAUACAAUCACAGGAGACAUAAUUCCCUGAAAGGAUUUGGCAAACCACGUCCCAAGGAUAACAUUCCUGUUUUAAAUGAAUGUGACAAUGUGACGGAUUUGUUUACAUAUCAGAAGGAACUUCUUCUAGCCGAUGAUCCCAAUCGACCUGGUAAUAAUGCGUUUCUUAAGCGAGACUCAUGUGUUACUGAAUCAACACAAAUAUCUAUGGAUUCAUCGGAUACAAAUAAUACGUCGAUGACGACAGCAACAACACUAAGUUCUGAUAAUUCGGGGGCACAGGGGUCUGAAUCACGUCGAAAUGCCAUCCACAGUAGUAAUAUGGGAGACAGUCAUCAUUUUGGUGAGCAUUAUAAGCAUGAGGAGCAGCACAGACGUUUGGGACGUCGACAUGCUAUAAAUAUUACAUCAAAUCCAGGAUAUCAGAUAUUGCAUAGUUCCCACUCAACCUUGGACAGAACAUGCUCAGACAGUGUAGUUUCUCUACGAUGCAGAAAGUCUACAAGCGAUUUAACUUAUGACAAAGAUGACAUAAGCAAUUCAAAUGGAAAACAACACAGUGGAAAUUCAAAUAAUCAUGGAAAUAAUAGCAAUGGUGUAUCAUCAAAUAAUCCCAAACCUAGAAGACGUGGUAGCUCCAAAGGAGGCCUUGCAUAUUUAGCUUCGCGUAGAAAUUCACGUGAAUCGAUGAAAAGUGCUUGUUCAAAUACUUCGAUUUUUUCGAACGAUGAUAUUGGUCCAUUGGCAUUUCAAGCAUCGACACGUGGCCGACAAAGAAGAACUUCAAAUUUCUUAGAACUUCCUGUUCCAGAUCAUGUAAGGCCGAGGGUAUGUUCCCUUCCGGAUAGACCUUAUAAUCCUCGUUUAAGUGAUGAUUUAUACCGCUUACGUCACUUCUCCAUUAGUAAAGGCAAUGUAGUGAAUUGUGGAGAUUCAAUCAUAUCAAGAAGGUCAAGGAGUAAUACAAGUGUUAACUCAACAAAUAGCAGGGCUAGUGAGAGGUCACCAUUUGAUGGCUCAUGUUGUGGUGGUGGCUAUGCUAAUGUAGAUUCCAUUCCACCUUCCCCAGAUACUGAUGAUAGUGAACCUCCACCUCCACCAAGAUACAGAAUUGUUAUGUUAGGAGAUGCAGGAGUAGGAAAAACUGCACUCGUGUCUCAGUUUAUGACUUCGGAAUAUAUGCACACUUAUGAUGCAAGCUUAGUUUUAGAUGACGAAUUUGGUGAAAAAACUGUCAGUGUUUUAUUGGAUGAUGAGGAAUCGGAAUUGGUUUUUAUCGAUCAUCCAAGUGUUGAAAUGAGUGUGGAAAAUUCCUUAACUACAUAUGAGCCUCAUGGAUGUGUGGUUGUUUUUUCAGUGGUAGAUAAAACUUCUUUUCGUAUUGCAGAAGAAAUAAUAAAUUAUUUGUGGAAAGAAAAUAUAACUAAAGAUAAGGCAGUGAUACUUGUUGGCAAUAAGGCCGAUUUAGCUAGAGCCAGAGUUAUAUCAACUCAAGAGGGCAAAUCUUUAGCUGCUUCUCGAGAUGCAAAAUUUAUUGAAACAUCUAGCGGAAUACAACACAAUGUUGAUGAGCUGCUUGUUGGAACAUUAAAACAGAUCCGUCUAAAAGAAAAUCGCGAAAAGAAAGCUACCUCAUCAAGGAUGAAAACUUCUCGAACUCACAUAUCUUUACACUUAGCUAAAGAAAUUUUGCAAAAAAUUUGCCUUAGCGAUAUAACUAAAUCUAAGAGCUGUGAAAAUCUACAUGUGCUGUAGAUUAUACUUUAACUUUAAGUUUAUAUAACUAAAAUAAAAACAAAAUAAAACAAAACUCUUCUAAAAUAUUAAAUAAAAAAAAAACUCUGUUAUUCAUCAAAAAAAUAUAUUUAUACACAAAAAGUUGUUGUUGGAUUUUUAGCCAAAGCGUACUAUACUUACUCGUGAACUGAAAACAAAAAUAAAAAAAAAAAACAAGGCAAAAUAUUUGCCUUUAAGACUUUCAUUCUGUUAAAAAAAAUAAAUUUUAAUUAUUAAAAACAAAUAUUUAUUAUUGUAUGUAGAAUGUUAUAAUUAUUAUUGUUGUUUAGACUGUUUAUGUAGAUCAGAAAAAUAAAAUAAAAAUAAAACAAAAAAGAGAAUAAAAACUGUCAAUUUUCUAUUGCUAUUUUAUAUAUGAAUAUAUAUCAUGUACUUCAAAUAAAAACAAAUAUUAUUAUGAUUAUCAUAAAAAAAAAAUUAUGUCUUUCGUUUAAUUUAAGACAAAAAAAAAAAUAAUAAAACUCUUCCAUAGUAGAAAUUAAACGGGAACGACUGUUAUUUGAUGUAGACAUUUCCAGUAUGUGUAGCUUAUAGAUAUGUAACCUAUAUUCUAAUAUGAGUUAGUAAGUCAAAUAAAUUUACAAAUAAAAAAAAUUACUUGCGAACAUGAAGAAAGAGUUUUUACAAAUUAUCUUAAAAUUACAAAUACAGGGUGUUUAAAAGCAAAAACUGCACAGGGCUCAAAAAUAUAAUAAUUCUAAACAAAAAAAUAAGAAUUUCCGAUACAGCUCAUUCAUAUAAGAAUUAAUACUUAAUUAAUUUUAUAAUUUGUAAAACAGAAAACAAAUUUCUUUUACGCGUUAAAAACUCUUCUAAGCAAUAUUUUUUUUAUCUUAAAAGAACUUUAAUUCUUUACACAACUUUUUAACGUUUUUAAUUUUGCUUUACCACAAAAUUACUACACUACUACAAAAUUACAUACUGAUUACUUUCUUCGUGUUCCGAAAAGAACAAUAUUUGACUUCACUAAAAGCCUUUGAAAACAAAAACAAAAAAAAAAAUCACGC